AGCCUGCGGACCCUUAGGCGGUAUCUUUAUGAGAUUUGUGGAUGGUUGUUUCGAAAAUGUUUCUGUUGAAAUUGUCCUACAAGAAAGACGCAUGGUUGAAAAAAAAAACCGAAAACCGAUACUCGCACUAACAACUGUAAAAUGGAAUGAAAACUAACUCCAAACAAGGAAAAUUCCAAGACACUCGCUCACUCACUCAUUCCCAGGCAGCCUUGCUCGGCGCUCGUGCGAGUCAUCCUCGCUGGCUGCCGCUCAUUUCCCCGCGGUCAGAGCCGGCACGCACCACAGCUGAGACCAAAAGACUUGCACGUCCUCCGUACGCUCCCCGGCGUUGGCAGCCGUCAUGCAUCGUGCAUGCCUCGAUGCUCGUGUGACAUCUAGUGGCCAAAGUGGCGACUGCAUGGCCAAGUUGGACGGCCUGAUCGUGUCGGACGACGGAAAAGCCCGAGUGGAAGAAAUGCAUCGAGGAGUGGCUCCUCGUCUUCGACAAGUGAGAGCGUCCACGCCCUCUUUUGCCGCGUCACCAGGAGAAGAGGAGCCGAGCGAGAGCAAGUCUUGCGCCAGCUCUCCUUCUCAUAACCUGCCGCUGACACUCGAGGCUCCUUUUCGGCCACGGCGACAAUGGCCCCCAGCGCGUUGCAGAUGUCCGCAGGCCGGAUCGGCGUGGCGCGACGGAGCGUCCUCUUCUUGGGUCUCCUCCUGCUCACCAUGUCAAGAGGCACGGCCGGCGCCACCGGCUCUUCUCCGGUCAGCGGGACCGCCGCCUCCGCGGCCAUCGGUACGAGCGCGCCCCCCGCCGCCUCGCCUUCUUCAGGAGCGCCCGUGAGCGACGCCCCCCGGGGCCCCUCCACGGCAGCGACCGGCGGCGCGCCGACGUCGCUCGGCGGCUCCGGGAUGUCGCCGACCGUCAUGACGAUGUCCUCCGCCGCCAUGUCAACCGCCCCCGGAGCCAUGUCCAGCGCAAGCUGGAGGCCGGCGAGUGGCUCUGGAACCGCCGCCCCCCCCACGGCCGCCGCGAUGUCCACAUCUGCGGCUCGGCUCUUUUCCAGCACCGCCGCCAGUCCAAAGAGCGGCUGGAGCGCUUCCGUCGCCACGUCCCCCGCCACCUGGACAAGUCGGAGCCCAAACACCGGCUCCGCCGCGAUGUCGAUGACGCCCACCCCCCGCGGCAGCGCGGCCGGUGCCACCGCGAUGACGACGCCGCCGCCGAUGGACGCAUCCCUGGCCGCCGUGACGUCCGCGGCCCCUGCUCCAAGCGCCGCAUCCGUCACCGUGCCGAUGACUGCCACGCCCACCCGCCGAGCUACCGCGGCUAACGGAAGGAAAUGCCACCGAGGGACGUGCACGGGGGCCACCUGCUACACCGGCUUUGGCGACGCGCUGCAGACGUGCUCCGCCGCACAGCCGCACUGUCAGCUGGUCAAGCAAACGGUCCAGUCGGCCACGCAGUGGACAGCGGGCUGCGCCGCCAACUGCUCGGGCCGGACGCCGUGCCGGGCCGCCACCCCCCCUCCCUGCCACCUGGAGUGCUGCGUGGCCGUCGCCCAGGCGUCCUGCCUGCGGCUCAACGGGACGCUCAACCACGUGGCCGCCCGAGCCGCCGGAGUCGCUGUGUCGCCGUUGUGCCUCCUGCUGGCCUUGGGCCUCCUGAUGUGAGGCCGCCACAUGCGCGCCCUCGUCUCCCUUGAUAAUAUGCGGGAUUGUCUUUUUUUUGUUUGUUUUUUGGUUUUGGGGGUGGGGGGGGCGCUUGAGGUCGACACUAUUUAUUUCAAUUGGGAUGCAAGUCUUGAGAGCGCUUUCACGACGGCUCCGGCCGUUCACAAAGCGCUUUCAAGAGGCGGCCCGUGACAUCGUCCGGCGGCCGCGGGAGAACGUUGGCACGCGGCCCUCGUAACGAUGUUGCCCGUUCAAAACGGAGCGGCCCUUUGCGUUGCGCAGGCGUGCCUAACCAAUUGUCCUUUCGCUUGCCGUCCGUCCUUCACGGCGAGAAUAACGGCCCAUCCUGUUGGGGGGAUGCGCCGCGGGUGGAAAUCCGUAGAUCUCGAGUUCCUUUUCUUGUUGCGGCAAUUGUACCUUUGCAUCUGCUCGCGCAUAGCGUAGUUGAGACGACGUGUCGACCGUGUCUUCACCAUGUGGCUUCAAGCCAACACUUUGUCUUGUACAAAAUAUGGAAAUAAAUCUCCUGAUGAUUGA